UGGUGUGGUCGAUUUCCCGUAUAAAUGUUAUCACAAGCUGCUAUUAGGAUAGCUAUCAGUAUUAUGUACUAGUUAAUGCAACAAAUUAGCGGUUCGCGUGUUAUUCUGGCAACACGAAACUGAAAAUGUACCUUGGCAAGUCUAACGAAAACCUGAAAAUAGCUUUGACAUGUCAUUGUCAAUGCUAAGUAAUCGCCAAAAAAAUCGGGUCUGGCAUGCGACAUAGGGGCGGACAGCCUAGGAAGGCAUACCAGCCUGAAGCCUUUGUACAGGCACACUGACACAACAGCUGAGCGGCCCCGAAACUACCAGAACCCGCCAACGGAGGGCGCCACGCUCGGCGAUAAUGUUCGGGCAGAUGAAAACGAAGAGCCUGUUCAUCCGUAUAUUUUGCAUCCUAGUUACCAGCAUCAUCGUCGUGUUGCUAAGCAACCAGACUCCCGACUUCCAGCAUCUGGUGAAGGAGACGAAUAAGCACAUUGGGAAGCUGAAGAACCUCAACUAUGCAGGACCGAACGUCCAGGAGUUGCAGCCAGAGCUCGAUGAGAAGUACAUGCGGCGGCUGGGAUUCCUCCCCGUGCCGCGCCUCUACCCGAUAGAUCUCCCCGGCAACGUGACUCCGCCCGUCGUCGUGACGGCGGUGACGAGCGGCAGCUGGAAGGCGGCGCACGGCUUUGCGCUGUCGGUGCGACGACACCUCGCUAACAGCACCCUCGUCAUAUACGGCGUCGGCCUCAGCCCGGACGACAACUACGAUUUGAAGACGUUCUGCAACUGCACGUACCGAAAAUUCCAGUUUGAAGAUUAUCCCUCUCACGUCUCGAUCCUGAAGCUGCAUGCCUACAGACCAAUUAUCAUUCAGGAAACGCUUAAUGAGUUUGGCAUGGUCAUCUACCUGGACCCGUCGGUGCGCGUAACGACGCCGGACAUCGCCCCGUACCUCCGCCGCGCCCGCGCCUCGAGCGUCCUCGCCUGGAAGCUGCCCUCCGCGCUUCCCACCUCCGCGCUCACGCACGAAAAGAUGUUCACGUACUUCAACACGAAGCGCGACAGCUACUACUUCCACCACAUGGUGGAGCCGCGCAACCUCGUCGCCUACAACACGGAGGCGGUGCACCAGCACGUGAUGCUGCCGUGGCUUCAGUGCGCGCUCACGCCGCAAUGCAUCGCCCCGAUCGGAGCGCAGGACACCGGAUGCAACUUUGAGCAUAAGCCGAUGUACCGCUACUCUGGCUGCCACAGCUACGACGCGUCCGCGCUCAACGUCGUCCUCGGACGCCUGUUUAAAUUCAACUACGGCGACUACGUCGGCAACGAGACGUUCUUCCGGCCGGCGCGCCCUGGCGGCGACGCGGUCGCGGGCAAGCAGGAGACGAGCACGGUGGGAGGGCGACCUCUGGUGGGAGGGAUCGUGGGGAGAGGCGGCGGUGGCGUCACGGUGAACUGAUGCGGAAAGCGUAUGCGUGCGUGUCGCGGUUGAAUUUCUGCAACGUUUGACGCCGGAUUUUGCAAGCGUCCGUGUGACCGUUAGCUCAUGUUUUGUAACAAUAUGUGUGUGUGUAUAUAUAUAUACACACACACAUAUAUAUAUAUGUAUGUAUAUAUGUGUGUAUUUUGGAUGUGUAUGUACACGUGUGUGUGCGUGCGUGUGUCUAUCUGUCUGUUUGUUGUUACAUGCACCUUGUUUGUUUCUGAGUAAGAAACAUGGUACAUUCAUAAAGAGCUAGUCAGAAAGAACUAGGUACAUAGAACGGAGCAUAGCUCUUGCCCAACGCGUAUCCCAACGGAUGACGACGAAUCAGUUUGUCCGUUCGGGAUUUCGAGUGCUGUGAACGUGGACCGGUAACUCUUUUUCUUGCUGCAUUUUACUUUCGUGUGAUAUCGACGUGCGUCGUUCUGAGCGUACGUCUGCACGGAGCGUUCGUACGCGUGCACGGAGGGAGGGGGAGGGGGCGAAUCUAACCCGAUCGCGCGCGCGACACGAUUCUGCAUGGCCGCCGCGUAUCGAUGCAGAUUCUUCGCAGGAGGAAGCUGGUUUCUCCUGCAGGCAUCUGGCUUUUCCCACCGGACGACAGAGGUCUCUACCUCUUUCCCACCGGACGCACGAAGCGGUCGGCUUCUAAGUUUUCUGGAGGAUGCGGCAGCUUGCGUUGCCACCCGCGGAAACACGAUCGACGUAGUACGUGUCUGUUUUUCGCGCGGUCCGCACGUUGACGUAGUUAGUGUUAGCAGAAAGUCAUGGAGUUGGAUGUCGUGGAGUUGGAUCGUGAAGUAUUGCGAUAAGCGAUGGCGAUGAGGUAUUGCGAUAAGCGAAGAAGUAUUGCGAUGAGCGAUGAGGUAUUGCGAUGAGCGAUGAAGCAUUGCGAUGAGCGAUGAAGUAUUGCGAUGAGCGAUGACGUAUUGCGAUGAGCGAUGAAGUAUUGCGAUGAGCGAUGAAGUAUUGCGAUGAACGAUGAAAUAUUGCAAUGAGCGAUGAGGUAUUGCGAUGAGCGAUGAAGUAUUGCGAUGAGCGAUGAAGUAUUGCGAUGAACGAUGAAAUAUUGCAAUGAGCGAUGAGGUAUUGCGAUGAGCGAUGAAGUAUUGCGAUGAGCGAUGAGGUAUUGCGAUGAGCGAUGAGGUAGCUAGAGGUAUGCUAGGUGCUUGCGGUGGCACUCGGUUUUUUUUAGUGUGUAGGCGUGUCCCUCUUGGUGCAGCAGCACACUGGCACGUGCUAGAGGGUGUAAAUACUACUUGUAAAUGCACGGGGGGGACGAACGAACGUACGUAAGAGUACGCGCAUUUAGGCGUUAGUUUGCCGUUGAAUAAAUCGUGUAGCGUAGCGUGUAGUCCUGUACCAAAAAAAAAAGGUAAAAUGGCCUGCACCAUCUCCCUCUGGUGGACGGAUACCGGUCUCAAGUAAGAUCGGUGAGUUAGCAGGAUGGCGUGGUUGUAUUUAACGAUGCGUAUCGUGAUGAGUGGCUCGCUUUCAUGAAAUCUCUGCUUCCCUGCGCCGACGUGUUACACUCAUGUCUCGCUGCGUCUCGCUGCGUGGAUACUAGACAGGGGAAGCUAGGAUUGAUGCUGGAUGCAAGUGUUUCUCUCACGUUAAUUAAUUAAUUAGUUAAUUGGUUAAUUAGUUAGGAGACAUCACUGCGACCGGCGCCGCGGGCCACUGCGCAUCUGUGCGGCUACGAUUCACGUACGACCUGCGAUUAGAAGCGAGAAUUCCUCAGCGUCGAUGGCAGCUCUGGUACUGCACGGGUGUGGUUUUUAGAAUGAAGUGCAUUUCACGGUGUGUGGCUGUUGUUGCUUGCGGGGUUACCGUGACAACUACAGAGCAUAGUCGUGGCAGGUUGUACGGAUUUUUUUGUUUCCGUUAUAGCACAUUACGGUAUAUAUUUGUUAAAAUUGAUUAUGAUUUACGAUGACGUGCGUGUUGUGCAGCAUUUUGCGCGACUCGCGCCGUUCGGUGGUGACGUGCAAUUUCACUGUAGAUAUGAAUCUUGUUGAUAUUUCAUUAAAUUAAGUAAAAUACGUGCUUUCACAAUGAA